AUGUUUGGGUUUGCCAUCAACAACUGGGUUACUGUCAAAUUUGGUCGUGCCAAGGCCGCUAACACGGAAUCAUCGAAUCGGCCGCAAGAAAAGAGCCCAAAACUCCAUGGCCUUCCCCCUUCGUAUGAGUCUAUAUGCUGGAAAGACGACAUGAAAAUACCCUGCAUCCCAUCAGCUACGCAUCUCUCAACACAUAGCUCGAAGAAAAGUUACCCGAUUCCUGCCCGACCGUUCCCCAAGGAUUGGGAAACCAGCGUCGGCCCCAAAAACAGCUUCCUGAGAUCUAGUGGCUACUGCUCCAUUCUUAAUGAAAAUAAUGACCGAAGAUCUUGA